AUGCCACCCAAGGGGAAGAAGGCUACAAGCAAAACUGCGAAACGCCCACGGGAUUCUCCGGAUUCUCAAUGUGAUGAUGACUCGAACUACAGUGUUCCCACAAAGCAAGGAUGCCUAGAAAUUCCAUACUCCACUGAUUUUUGUAUUUUCUAUUUCUUUAAUGUAGUAGAAAACCCCAGGUUUGAUAUCAGUGAUGAGGACAGUGCUUCAUCAGAUGGAGAUGAACAGCAAGCAAGGGAGUCUGUUCAGAAGAUGUUACAGGAACUUCAAGGUGACCUUACAAAGUCCUACCUUGCAAAGAGAAGGCAGUUUCGCAAAGAUAUAAAAACUUCUAUGGGAAUUCUUAACAGAAAAUUUCUGUGUAUUUUUAAAACACAACAAAAGGAAAGACGGAUGCUUCAUUCCAAAUAUUCUGAGAUGUUUGUGCCUUUGUUUGAAAAGUGGGAAAACGAUGUGCUGAAAGUUGAACAAGAAGAAGACAGUUUUGUUAAUGUGUCUCAACAGUAUGCAGAGAUUUUACACAAGAGUGCAAUGGCACAGAAAUCAGCCAUUGAUGAAGCCAAAAAGAUAUCUGAUCAGUUUCUACAGAGUAUCAAAGACAUGGAGGAUAAUCACCAACAUCUUGAUGCUAUGGAGCAAAACACAAUGGAAGAAGAAAUGGGAAACUUGAAGACGAAACUUGCGACAGAAAACGUGUUUACCGGUUCAUCAUUGACUGUCUCGCAGGUCGGGGCAACUGGAGUUACAGCAGUUGUGAGCCACAGUGAGGAAGUUGGUCACUGA